AUGCCAUCCUUCUACGCUCCAGGCCACGGCCUGCCUCCUACCCCUCCUCACGUCAACAACGGUGGCCGCUUGGAUGAACAAUCCUUCUACCCUGUUGCCCACUCUGCGUUCCCGCCUCGAUUUCACCAGAGUGGCUGUGAGUUUAUUGAGCAGUAUUCGCAGUCUUUGUGCUACGCCAAGCCGAACUCGAUGAACCUGCACCCCCAGUCUGCCAACAUGAUGCACCCGACCAGGGAGUCCAUCCACGCCAUGGCUCAACAGCCGAUGUACGGACAGAUGGCUACCUUGCCACCACUCCGCUCCAGCGUCCAACUUCCACCGAUGGACAGUGCCAUCCCCCCGCAGUACCGCCGCCAGGAUAUCGCCCCGAUGCAGCAGCAAGAGCAACCCCGCAAGGAGGAGAAAGCAACUGGAGGUGUCGCCGCCCACCUGGAUUACGAGAUGGAGCGCAUGUCCGACUUCGUGGCGGAAAUGACCCAGGGAAUGUAUGAUUUGUACAACACCAAGAUCCACCUAGCAGAUAUUGACUUCGCGCGAAGCGUCUCCCCAGGAACUUCGGCCCCCCCCUCAGUUCCGGAAAUACGUCUUCCAGAUCUUGUCCUCGACUCGCCUGCCAAGCUCUUCCAUCUUGCUUGGCCUGUUCUACCUGGCUUGCCGCAUGCGCCAGCUUUCGGCUCAGCGGGUGUUUCAGGCCAGCAGUGCAAGUUCCUGGAUGAUAACACCUUCCAGAAUAAAUCAUGGGCAGAAGUCAGCAACAUUCCUGUCGCUGAACUCAACAAGAUGGAGCUUGAAUGGCUCUUUGCCUUUGAGUGGAAGAUCCACAACCGCAUGUAUGAUGAGCAGGAUGGUUUCAACUCGUGGCGUCGCCACUGGGACAACUGGCGCGCUAAGGCCAACCUUCGCGCCCAGGAGACUCGCCAGGCUCUGGCCCCUCUCGACACUAACGUGGUUCGCCCACAGCAGUCUAUUGCCAAGCCACUCAUGUCUCCAGAAGGUCCUAUUCCACCCCAGUACCAGCGCAUUGAGAACUCCUGGCUCAAUCCUGCCGCCUCCGAGUACUCGCCCCCAUCGGCCCCUCACAGUGGCCCCAAUACCCCCGACUAUUACUCCGCUGGUACUUGGGCCUACCCAAACCCGCCGCCACCAUACUCGCGUGCCUGGAUUCCUCCUCCAUCUUACCUGCCAGCCUCAGCACCACGUUCUCAGCCCCCAUCUUACCACCACACUCCCGCCUAUGGCCUGCCCCUUUGCCCAGAGUGUAUGGACUGGCCACGGAUCUUCCUGCAGCUGCAUGUACUGUGCCAAACAUAUCGAGCAUUACAUGUGCAACACUGCCUUUCCGUCCCUUCAGCCAAUUCUUGCUUAAAUCGUCUCAUCUUUGAUUCGUCUUACUGA